AUGUUCUGGAACCUGGUGGCUGUCAACUAUGAGCGAUACCAUCUUCACCAUCUGGCAAAGAUAGGUGUCCUCAUCGUGUACAGUUUCCUGGGUGCCGGUCUAUUCAUGCUCUGCGAGGCGGAGCACGAGAAAUCGACAAAAAACGAGGAGAACAUGCGGGUACUCCGGACGAGUAUCGCUGCAAAACAGGUCUUUGUGCACCGGUUGCAGGUAAUGUAUCAUAGUGCUGGUGGUGCCAACUCAUCAGAAUUCUCGGAGACAAAACUGAGAAGAGUGUUGUCGGAGUACGAUGCGGCGAUGGGGAUUACGAUAGAUAGCAAAAUGACGACGAGAUGGGAUAUUUGGGGAGGCUUGUACUAUGCGGGCACCAUUUAUACUACUAUUGGCUACGGAGACCUGGCCGCCGUCACUCUAUGGGGUCGUGUAUGUACCAUGUUGUAUGCAAUGAUUGGCAUCCCCAUAGUCAUCAAUAUCUUGAAUGAUUGGGGUAAUAUGCUGUUCUAUUUUGUGGAUCACUUUUGGCAAAACAUCGGCCGCCCGUGGGUUCAAAAGCUGCGGACGAAAUUGCGAUGGCGGCGAAAAGUGCAGAGUUUGGAGGAGGGCUCCAUCGACAAAACGCCUCUAAUGGAAACCUCGACUCCACCUCCCAACGCCGAUGGCACCCGACCCAUCCCCUUACUCCUCGUCAUCAUCGUUCUCUUUUUCUGGAUGACUCAAUGCGUCGCCUACUUUGCCUAUUUUGAGAAUUGGACCCUUUUCGAGUCCGUCUACUUCUUCUUCAUCUCCAUGACCACUAUUGGCUUUGGGGAUUUCACGCCGAACCAUUCCGUGGCAGUGGGUGGGAUUGUGUUUAUCUUAGGAGGACUUUCAGUGGUGUCGAUGUGUAUUAACGUGAUACAAAUGCAGUUGGAAUAUCUUUUUAAUCAAAUCGUUCAAAGGAUUGAGAACGACUUUAAGACAACACUAUCGGUGGCAGCCGAGGAGAGCCGCAAAAAGUCCAUCGGGGUGUCUGAACUCGGGUCCAUCGACCCUUCCAAGAAGAAAACCAUGCGCACCGAAGGAGAUGUCGCUACAAAAUACUCGGAGAACAUGGAGAUGGGCAAUAAGUUGUUGAUGCGGUUUAUGAGUAAUCAUCAAAAAAAGAUGCUAAACGAGAAAUUCGAUGAGCGCGCGAGAAUGAGGAACAGCGCUACUCAGACGACGUCCCAGAUCAAGGUGGCAAGUGUGCAGACCGCUGAUCGCUAUGAGCAGACUUGGGAGGAGGAUCCAGAGGAGACGGCGCCAAAGUCACGGAUAAAUACAAGAAGAUUGUAUAUUUAUAAUACAGGAGAAUGA